AACUGGAUUUGGACUACUUGGAGCGAGGAGUGGUGGGCAACAUGACCGUGGGCGGCGCGCCCAGCGUUGAGCCCAGCCCAGAGAGUUUGGACCUCAUCAAAGUUGUACUGUUGGGCGCUCCCGCUGUUGGCAAGACGAGUAUCAUACAGCAAUUCGUCUGGAGCGACUUCUCGGAGGACUACCUGCCGACCGACCGCAAACACACGUUCUACCCGUCGGUGAUCAUCAACGAGCAUUUAUAUGAAGUUAAAAUAACAGACGUGCCAGUGAUACCAUACUUUCCCAUCAACUCCUACUACGAGUGGGCGCAUUACAGAUUCUACGGACUGAGAAAUGCGACAGCUUACAUCCUAGUCUUCGAUCUCUCUAACGUGGAAACGUUUCAGUAUAUACGAACUUUGAGAGAUCAGAUGGUAGAGAGUCGCGAUAUGAGGAACGUUCCCGUUUUAGUGGUAGGGAAUAAACAGGAUCUUCUAUGCAGUACGACGCCGUCUGCUGCAAGCGGCUUGCAGCAGCUGGCUAUGGCUGAAAGCGCUUGUGGAGACUCGAGAGAGAAAAGACGGAAUAUCGUCAAUCUUGUUCGCAAACAUUGGAAGUGUAGUUACGUGGAAUGUUCUGCGAAGUAUAAUUGGCGGGUCAUUGCUGUGUUUAAGGAGUUGAUGGAGAUGAUAGACGCUUUGGAGUGGAGUGGAGGAAGUCGAUCUGAUCCUCCUCCAGACUCGACGGCUGGUGGUGGAUCCUCUCAUGAAAAUCGUUGUGUUGUUGCUUAGCUCUAUAAAGACAUGUGUAACUCAAUGAAGUACCACAAAUGGUGAAACUCGAGUCUGCAUUUUGCGCUCUGAUAAGACCUUUACACAGCAAAAUUAACCUUAAUAAGGUAUUUGUAAUAAAUAAGGACUAUUGAAUAUAAUAAAUUACAAGUGGAGGACGUUUUCGUUUCUGAAAAUGUUGCAUUUUAAAGCUCUUGAAUGUUUUACGAGGAUUUACCUGAAAAAAAUUGUGUUUACAAAAAUUAAAAUUAUUUUUUUGCAACGGUAUCUCACAAUUCUUUUAAUUAUGGUGUCUAUGUUAGGCAUAGACCUUUCGAAUCUUAGAAGUAAGUAUAACUAGGCACUCUUCUAAGAUUUGAAAGGUCUACAAGAUGCUGUUUACUUACAAAUCCUGUUUUCUGAGGAAACUUAAGUGGUCAAUGGAAAUUCGAAAUAUAGAAACACACGUUAAUCACGGAUAAAAUUCGUGUCAGAAAUGUUAACAUUUUAACAAAGAGAUACUUCAUUUUGGAUUAAUAUGAUCUCAUUUAUGAAAACUGCUUUGUGGUUUACUGUUAUAUGAGCAGAAUUUCGAUUUAAUACUGUUAUUGUUGUUUCAGUGGCGUCGCUGUGUAUAAUUUAGCUUUAAUAUGCUUCGAUGUGAACAGUUUUAUCAAGUUAAUUUAGUAAGUGCUAAAUUACGUAUUUAUUAACUUAUUUAAGCUUGUGCUCUGUUCGAUCCCCAGCUGGGCCGAUUGAGGUUUUCUUAAUUGGUCCAGGUCUGGCUGGUGGGAGGCUUCGGCCGUGGCUAGUUACCACCCUACCGACAAAGACGUACCGCCAAGCAAUUUAGCGUUGCGGUACGAUGUUGUGUAUAAACCGAAAGGGGUGUGGAUUUUCAUCCUCCUCCUAACAAGUUAGCCCGCUUCCAUCUUAGAUUGCGUCAUCACUUACCGUCAUGUGAGAUUGCAGUCAAGGGCUAAAUUGUAAAUAAUAAUAAAAAUAACAAAAAUAAACGUAUUAACUUUUGUAAUGUACACAAUAAUCAUUCAAUAUCGAUGGAGCUCUAGAAAAUUAAAAAAAAUAUGAGGAAUGUUGUAGUUAACUUCCAUUGGACUGGUACGAAGCGUUUUGGCUUUGUUCCUGUUUCGUUCUACGAAGAUAUAGAAUACGAUCGUUAAGUCAAGAGUGAAUGAGGCACUUUCUAGGCAAGUCCCUUUCAUGAAAGAAGUCCCCCAGACGCUUCGCUAAUGUCUUAAUGGCGCUCAUUGU